AGGAAGUCGGGGCCGAGCCGCUUCCUGUAGGCAGAGGGAUGAGCGCAGACAAAGCUGGGUGGGGACUCGCCGCUCGGGGCUGCUGCUGACCACCCUCCUCCUGCCUCCAGCCCGCAUCCCUCCAUCCCUCCAUCCAUCCCUCCAUCCAUCCCUCCGUCCAUCCCUCCGUCCAUCCUCCCUCCCGCCGCCGCCGCCCGCCCCGCGGGGGACUCGGGGCAGCACCGCCCGCCUGCAGGUAGCCAGCGGCCAAGAGGAGCAGAUCUUCCCCUAGAGGCACAAACCAGCGGAGAGACCGGCUUCUGCCCGUCCGGAGAGCGCGCCUGGCCCGCCCAUGGCUAGCAACAACACUGCUAGCAUAGCCCAAGCCCGCAAGCUGGUGGAGCAGCUGAAGAUGGAGGCCAACAUCGACAGGAUAAAGGUGUCAAAAGCGGCAGCGGACCUGAUGGCGUACUGCGAAGCCCACGCCAAGGAGGACCCUCUAUUGACCCCCGUCCCGGCCUCAGAAAACCCCUUUAGAGAGAAGAAGUUCUUCUGCGUGAUCCUGUAAACCCUCCAGGAGCCUGACCGGCACUCAGGCCACCCUGAACACUGAUGUAGAGUUUUUAGGAACGGGGACGACCUGCUAGUCCGCAGAAUUUAAACAAAAAUAAGUAAAAUACACGGCCUGGAAGCUACAGGGAUGUGCAUGUUUAAAGAACCUGGCCACCUUUGGGGGAAUAAGAUGAUCUGCAUUGCAAGGCAAAAGAUCUGAAGUCUGUAGAGUUGCCUAGAAAGAAAAAAAGAAAAAAAAAUAUGUAAAGAAUAAAUUUGUGUCACUUUUCUGCUCACAAAAUUGUUUGAUUGUUCCAUAUUUAAAGCACCAGAGCCGUGCUGAGCAACGUAACUGCUGAGGAUGUGCAUAACCUUCUUGGAAUGAUAUUGUUGGUUUCUUUCCGAAAUAUUAUUUUUUAUUUAAGUUGUCAGAUAUAUAGCGACAGGCUCAAUGAUUAUGGUGUUACUCGGUGUUUGGUCUUGUGCUUUUUUACUUUCUGGCGGUAGCGUAGCGCCGGGGUCGAGCAGCCCCGCGGCGGGUUAGCGAGGACGCCGGCAGCUCCGUGCUUCUAGCGAACCCCCACUUUCUACCAUUCCGUAGAUGGUUAGCUUCAGCUCUGCGAGUAAAAGUGAAUCGUGUGUCGUGGUUGGUGCUUCAUACUCCUGUGACGGCGUUCGGUGGUAGUGCAUGAGAGUUUUAUCUCCGUUCAUCCGCUCCAGACUUUUCUUUGCUGUCGUUUGACACCACGUGCUGGUGGGAGAAGCUGUAGGGAGGAAACCGAGGCGAUCCCGAAAGCAAAGAGAGCUCCUGCGAUGCCUUAGACGUGCCUGAAAUACCUCCUGCGUUAGGGUAGGUGCCCCCGCCCCCAGCAUCGUGGGGUAGCUAGAAAUCCGAAAAUCAAAGUUGACCACUUCUUUCCGGGUCUUUCCUCUUCUCCUACACCUCUGUGCCUCUGCUCACCUCGCUUGGUCCUUGUCCUGCUCUUUUCGGCUCCCUGGCAGCAUCUCCUCCCCUUGGGGCUGGGCUGGGCUGCUGCCCUGCGGUGGGAUGGUACUCCAUGGUGGGAUGCUGCCCCACAGGGGGAUGGUACCCCGUGGAGGGAUGCUUCUGCCCCACGGUGGGAUGGUAGCCCAUGGCUGGAUGGUACCCCGCAGUGGGAUGGUACCCCGCGGUGGGAUGCUUCUGCCUCCUGGUGGGAUGCUGCCCCAUGGUGGGAUGCUUCUGCCCCAUGGUGGGAUGCUGCCUUGCGGUGGGAUGCUUCUGCCCCAUGGUGGGAUGCUUCUGCCCCAUGGUGGGAUGCUGCCUUGCGGUGGGAUGCUUCUGCCCCAUGGUGGGAUGCUUCUGCCCCAUGGUGGGAUGCUGCCCCAUGGUAAAAUGCUUCUGCCUCGUGGUGAGAUGCUUCUGCCCCAUGGUGGGACGCUUCUGCCUUGUAGUGGGAUGGUACCCCACGGAUGGACGGUACCCCACAGCUGGAUGGUACCCCUCAGUGGGAUGGUACCCUGCGGUGGGAUGCUUCUGCCCCAUGGUGGGAAGCUUCUGCCCUGCGGUGGGAUGCUUCUGCCUCGUGGUGGGAUGCUUCUGCCCCUUCCCACACCCACCACCUGUCCCAUUCCCACUGCCACCCCACUGCAAUGGGCAGGGGCAGGAGAGCAACCUGGGGAGCCGUGGGGUCACCCCUUCCCGGAGGUGCCUGAUACCUUGUUUACACGCAGCCUGAGCUCUGCGUCAGGCUGGGGAAUUAUUCCCAGGUCCGGUCCAUCCACCGCCAGCAUUUCGGGGGAUAGAGGCCACCUUUUUUUGGCUCUGCCUCGGGUUAAUACUUUUGCAGACGUGGCUCGCCUCUCCUUUUCCACAGCUAAACACCUCCCAGCUUUCCCCGCCCAUCCGCACUCCUGGGAAACUUUGGGAAUCAUAACUUGGGGAUGUGGGUACAAAAUUAGGUGGGUGUCACGUAGGGUUUUGGGGGGGUCUGCAGUGACCUCGCUAAACUGUAGUUCUGAAUCAGGUGUCAGCUUAAAAAUCCGUGUGGAUUCAAGAGGGCAAUAGUCUUUAUGUACCUUUUGGCGAAUCUUUCUAGCCCGUAACAAGUGCAUUUUGGUUUUUCUACCUUUUCGUACUCUUUUUCUAGUCUUCUACGGUGAAGACCAGUUUGUUCUUACACUGGACUCAAAAUUUUUGGCAUCUGGGAACGUUUAUAUGACUCGAGUAGCCUAGAUGGUCCCAGCCCUCCCGUGGUGGCUUCCAACCCUCCCCUAACCUCCCCCUUUUCCAUCUUUUUACUACAGCUCGCGUAGCUUUAGGAUGAAGGACGGAUGAAGUGGUUUGCUCUGCAGCUGGUUUCACUCGCGGUGUUACGAGGCAGACUGUAAAUACCCCGUCCCGGGUUUGUCUUUUCCUUCUAACGCUGGUUUACCGUCACGGAGAGCGAAGUGCAGCCGGUCUGACCCCGGGGCUCGCGCCCCAACCCUUCUCAAACGCUGUCACGAAGUGGUUUGUAAUAAUUUUUUUUUAAAUGACUUGCGUAUUUUACAACUUGAAUUCUUAAUAAAUAAACGGAGAAAUAAAGCGGCAUGAAGAGUGGGCGGCGCGGGGCCGGGGGGGUGGGGCGCAAUUUUGAAUUAGCUUAAACUACUCAUUGAAGGUGUUUUACGUUGCUGGUCUUUAUUUUAUGUUGGUAGCGGUGUUGACAUUGGUGUGCUGCCAGGUAUUUCACCCCAGUAUUUAUAUUUACACAGAUACGCC